AACGAACUCCUACUACGCAAAAAGCUCCAAAUCCUUUUGCCACCUCACUUGAAAUCCCUUCUUUAAAGGCUCACCCCUCGACCCAUUUUCUUCACAAAAAACACUUCUCUCCAAUCCUCUUGUAGUACCAAAAUAAAAAUGCCACGAAAUAGCCUUUUUCUACGCCUCAUAUGGCUCCUUGUUUGGCUACCACUCAUAUGCCAAUCGGUAUCUGGUCACGACGCUUAUGUUCGAGUCGCGUGUAGCGUGACCCGGUACAAAGACCUUUGCAUCCACUCGCUCGCUCCGUUUUCACUCGCAGCCAAACGGAGCCCUAGCAAAUGGGCCCGGGCCGGGGUGGCCGUCACAAUAACAGAAGCCAAGAUUGUCUCCCAAUUCUUAGUGGACUUAAACAGGAACAGGACUAUGAGGGGAAGAAACAGGGGGGCCCUGUUGGAUUGCGUCGAGUGCUUGUCGGACGCGAUCGACAACCUUCACGGGGCGCUUGGGGUACUUAGGAAUCUGAGCGGAACGACGUUUGAGGAUCAGAUGGAGGAUCUGACAACGUGGUUAAGCGCCGCAAUGACCGACCAAGGGACUUGCUUGGACGGGUUCGAAGGGGGAAAAGGAACACAAGUUGAGUUGCUGAGGAAUAAGGUUUCGGUUGUGACUUGCGUUACGAGUAAUGCUCUGGCUCUUGUUAUCAAACUCGCAACCGCUGGUCCGGAAAGCCUAAUGGAACCGUAACCCGAAUGUGACUUUUGUCUCUCUUUCUUUUCAUUUCUGCCUUUCUAAUUGCAGUUCUCUACUAAAUAAGACUUCGUAUGUGAAAGCUGGGAGAAACUAGUAAAGCAUAGUUGUUCCCUCCGAAUGUGAUUGAUUGUGUGUAAUAGUUAAGCCCAUAACAACUUGGAACUAUUCAGUAUCCUUUUUCUGCUUGCA